UUCUCUCCCUUCUAUGGCAACAAGAGUUCUCUCAUCACCGAAGCUCCUCAAGAACCUCCGUUUCUUCAUCCGGCCUCUCAACUCCGCCGCCUCCUCCGCCGCCGCCGCUGUUUCUCCCCUCAAUUUCGACGACAAAUCUGAACAUUCCACCGUUGAGAAACACCACCCAACAACAACAACCACCCCUCUUGACUUUGAUGAUCACCAAAAGCUUUUCGCUUUGGUUUCGACGUUGAAGCUUUUACGUUCAUCAGUCAACAUCGGGUUGGCUUCCAAUGAGACAUUCGUCGAUUUCGGUACGUGGGUUAUGAAUUCCCGCCUCAUUGAAACACCUUUGCUACGUGAUAUCAUAUUGAAAACCGUAAAACAUACGUUCUUUGAACAUUUUUGCGCCGGCGAAACCCCGGCAGAGGCCGCCGAGUGCUUGAAGAAAAUCCAGGAGGCCGGUUUACGAGGCAUGCUCGUUUAUGCUGUCGAACAUACGAGCGAUAACGCUGGUUGUGAUCAGAAUUUCGAGGGGUUUUUACAGAGUAUUGAAUUCGCCAAAUCGCUUCCACCUUCAUCCGUGAGUUCUGUGGUAGCAAAGAUAACAGCAAUAUGCCCACUUGGGCUACUAAGGAGAAUUAGUGACCUAUUGAGAUGGCAAUACAAGGACCCUUCGUUUAGCCUCCCAUGGAAACUCAACACUUUGCCUAUUUUCACCGACUCCAGUGCUUUAUAUCACACACUCCAAAAACCAGAGCCAUUAACCCCACAAGAAGAAUCGGAUCUUCAAUUGGCGCACCAAAGACUACUCAAGCUUUGCCAAAGAUGCGUACAAUACAACGUGCCUUUGAUUAUUGAUGCGGAGGACACGUCGAUCCAACCCGCCAUCGAUUACUUCACAUAUUCAUCGGCCAUCAUGUACAACAAAGACGAUCCCAUCAUUUACGGCACCAUCCAAGCCUACUUGAAAGACGCAAGAGAGCGAUUGUUUAAUACGGCGAAGACCGCGCAGAGUCUGGGGAUUCCGAUGGGGUUUAAGCUCGUGAGAGGCUCUUAUAUGUCGAGUGAAACCAAGUUGGCUUCUUCGUUAGGGUUCGAUUCGCCGGUUCACAAUGGUAUCCGGGACACGCACGCUUGCUUCAAUGAUUGUGCUUCGUUUAUGCUCGAGAAAGUCGCGGAUGGAUAUAGCGGACUCGUGCUCGCGACUCAUAAUCUCGAGUCGGGGCAAUUGGCAGCAUGGAAAGCAAGAGACGUAGGGAUCGACAAGGGGAAUAAAAAGCUUGAAUUUGCACAGUUAUAUGGAAUGUCGGAAGCAUUGUCGUUCGGAUUGAGAAACGCAGGGUUUCAAGUUAGUAAAUAUUUACCCUAUGGUCCCGUGGACAUGGUAAUGCCGUACCUGUUAAGGAGAGCUGAAGAGAAUAAAGGCCUAUUAUCCACUUCAAGCCUCGAUAGAUUACUCAUGGGGAAGGAGUUGAAGAGGAGAUUCAAGAGCCUGCAAUUUGGCAAGCCAGCUCCCGCAGGAGGCAUGAAGAUUGAAAUAGGGACGCCAUAAAUAUGUUUUGCCAAUAAUGUACAAAGUGAAAAAUAACACUUAUUGUAACAUUGGCCCAUUUCAAUUCAUACAGCUGCUUUACAAAUCCAUCACAUUCUUCAA